CGGACAUGACUGAGCGACUGAACUGCACUGACCCAAUAAACAAAGGUCUGAUGACAUGUGCGAAUAUGUUUGAAGAGAGGCUUGUAGUCUCACAGCACCGUUUCUGACCUAGGGAACAUGGAUCUUAGGACCACUGCCCCCCACAUGAAUGGGGUGAUGAGGACUACUGCAGCCCUAGAAGGAAAGGAAAGGAGUUCUCCAGCCUGGCUUCUGCCUAAACAUGGAAGCCUAUCUCUAGGAUGGAGCCUGAGAGGUGAAGACUGCACAGUGAUGUCAAUGUCAAGUCAGUUACCAUUAGCAUCAAGCAUGUCCUCUUUGAGUCUGACCCACAUUUUAAUGUUGCAUUUUGAGUCUUACCUCUUCUGUCUUCUGUAGAGAUGAACAACAGCUGGUCGGUGUCCUCUUUAUAAUAACCUUUCAAAUGGGAGGGGAAGACUGUUAAGUUUGCCUUUAGUCACUUUUUCACUCUAGACUAAACAACUCCAAAUCCUUUAACCUUCCCUCAUAGGUUCUAUUUUCUCUCUCUUUAAUCAUUUUGGUUUUCCUCUGGACCCUUUCCAGUGUCUCCACUUUGCCCUUAAAAUAAGGGGCCUCAGACUGGAUCUACCAUCCUAUUAAGGGUCUGUCUGCUGCCAAAUUCUUUAUCAUUGGGGAGGGAGACAUGGGGAUAUACUUUCCUUUCAUGUCAGACUCCCACCAAGCGAAUUCACCCCGCUGUUGUAUUGCUUAUUUCUUAUCAGUACAACACACAGAUUCCUUUUAAAUAACAUGAUCUGCUGUGAUCCUCACAUCUUUGUCAGUUUUUCUCCAAUCUAGAUAUUAAGCCCCUUUUAUGCCUGUCAUUUGAUCAUCACCCUCAGGAUACUACUUUUGUAAUCAGCUGUCACACUGAACUUGAAACUUUAUCAUGAAACAUUUCCUUCAUGUGUUGAAGCCAAUUUGGAUUCUCCUAGCAUAUCAGUAAUUCCCACUGCAAUUAAUAUUAUUUGUAGACUCUGGGUGUGCUCAAAGCAAUUUUAAGUAUUAUUUAAACCAGAGCUAGAGUAAAAUUGGAGGCAAUGUUUUAAGCACCCUUUUGUUUUCUGAGCCAUUGAUCUCUUUUCCAGUCUGCAGUAAAACCCGGUGAGGAAAAGACAGACCAGAUCGUAUCUUUCUGGCUUGUUGAUGAGAAUGUCAUAUGCAUUCAAAAGCUUUCCUGAAAUUAAGAUAUUGUACAGAUGUGGUCAAAUUUUAAUUCUCAGCACAUACACACCCUAAACUAAGCUUAGGCACAGAGUUGGUGGGGGAAGAGGGAAUAUUUAUUUGCAUUAUGCUUAAAAUCAUGGAUUUCCUUUAAACAGCAUUGAUUUGCACAUCAUAAAUUACAUACCAGAUGGAAGGAGUAGAGAGAGUUAGAAGAAAACUGGAAGUGGAGAAAGCAAUCAGAAGGAAGAAAGGGAGCCCUUCUGAAAUUAUUAUUAGAAGAUUAUUCAAUUUGAACCUAAUUCCCAUAAAAUUUAUCAGAUAUGGAGAUGCCACAUAAAAGUAUGCUAAUGAAUCCACCAAGAAUAUCACCUCCUGGCAGAAGAGAGGGAAAAGGGAAGUGGGGAGGAGCUAACAUUCACUGGAACCCUUAGAAUAUAUUGCAAGGCAGUCCUUUUCUGUUACUUUUGAUACACUUGGCUUUACCUAAAAUCAUCAGCCUAACUUGCUUUGACCCAGGAAUUGCAAUAUUUUGAGGACUGGCUUGCGAAAGCUUGUUCUUACUGGGCACAUGUACUGUUCUCUUAACCUCCAUCGUCAUUGCUGGCUGCAAUGCCCAUCCCUCCUUGAGAUAUACUUUAAUCUGGGGUCUUGUUUCCUUCCAGUAUUUCCAAAGGAGGCCUGUCUCUGGGUUUGCUGUUGUGCCAACCUGAAGGAAGCAACUGGGACUGGUGAUUAUGGACUGGUGAUUAUGAUCAGUACUUACCAUGUGCUCCGUGGGCUGCUUCCAAGAGUGGGCAGAUGUCCAGGAGAGCCUGGACAUGGGUUGGCCCCUCCCAGGCUCUCAUUACCCUUUUCAGUGGCAAUAAUGAUACUGAGAACUGAAGCUUUCUUUUGCCUGCUCCUUUUUAAUUAAUUGCUUUGAAUUCUACCAGAUUUGUCCAUUGAAGAACUGUGGGACACCCAGGAAGCGAACCAUAGCUCAGAGACACAGGGGUGGGGAGCAGGACUGGGGGCAGGAUUCUGGCAUGAACCCCAUGGGGUGGGGUGGAGUGUGUGUGCCUGUGUGGCUCGCAGCUUCAGGCUGUAGGGAGAUUUGUGCCUUUCCACCACAGGAGGUCCCCAGAUCUGUCGUUCCCCCUGGGAGCUCCAGCCUGGAUCCCUUCCGAAGCCAGGUGAAAACGUGUUUUGAGCAGAAGUUCCUUGAUGGUUUGAGGUUUGGCACAGCGAUGCUUUUCCUUUUCAACAAGUGUUCCAAGUGGGAAAAAGGAAUAGAACACAAUUGAAGUUUUGAAAAGCAACCUCUUCAUGCAAUGAAAUGUGGGGCGACCCCACCCCCCUCCGCAGGCCCCCACCCUUGCUCUAAGAAAAGCAAACACUCUUUUCCUGUCUUAUUUGUAUUCCCAUUAAUUUAAGACAGGAAGCCCUCAGUGGGUGUGAUGUAAACAAUUCAGCCUCGUGGGUAGGGCUUCCUCAUCAGUUUGCAGCUGGAGAGAUGUCUGCGCGGCCCGAGCCCAUUCAUGCUUCUCCGGGGGAUGGCUCGUUGACUGAACCCCGCAGAAGACGGGAGGGGCGCGGGAGCCCGAAAAGUUACCUGGCCGAGCAGUGCUGGAAUGGCGGCUUCAUCUACCUGAUCAUGCUACGCCGCUUCAAGCACCAAGUCCAUUCUCCUUAUAACGGCAACAGUAGCAACAGCUCCGAACCAGGAGAGACACCUAGCUUGGAGCUGGGGGACCAAACGGUGAAAAAGGGGAAAAGAGCAAGAAAGUUUGGGGUCAUUGCCAGGCCUUCUGCCCACAAAGCCACUGAAGAAUCCAAGAGCAGCUCUGGCUGUGAGUUGGACAACGACCCCGUGUCUGAGCUGGACAAUGGCCUAGACCCUGGACUGGGAAACGGUCAUGCUUGUGAGCUAGAAAAUGGCCCGGAUUUGCUCAAGGAGGUGGCUGGAUCCCAUCUAGAUAGAUCGGAAUUGGACAGAGAGACAGAGCCUAGAGUUCCAAAGACAGAUGCCACUCUGCCCACAAGCAAUGACAAACGCCGCUUCUCAAAAUCUGGGAAGACGGACUUCCAAUCCAGCAACUGCCUGGCACGGGAGGAAGUUGGCCGGAUAUGGAAGAUGGAGCUGCUUAAAGAAUCGGAUGGGCUGGGAAUUCAGGUUAGUGGAGGCCGAGGAUCAAAGCGCUCACCUCAUGCUAUCGUUGUCACCCAAGUGAAGGAAGGCGGUGCCGCUCACAGGGAUGGCAGACUGUCCUUAGGAGAUGAGCUGCUGGUAAUCAAUGGUCACUUACUAGUUGGGCUCUCCCACGAGGAAGCUGUGGCCAUUCUUCGCUCAGCCACUGGAGUGGUUCAGCUGGUGGUGGCCAGCAAGGAGAAUUCUGCCGAGGACCUCCUGAGGCUGACAUCUAAGAGUCUGCCUGACCUGACCAGCUCCACAGAGGACGUGUCCUCUUGGACCGACAACGAAGACCGGGAGCCAGACGAGGACGAAGGCACGGGCGCAUCUUCCGUCCAGAGAGCAAUGCCUGGAACAGAGGAGCCCCACGAUGCAUGCGGCCCCGAGGAAUCCAAGGGGAACUUGGAAAGUCCUAAACAAGGCAGCAGUAAGAUGAAGCUCAAGAGUCGCCUGUCAGGGGGUGUACACCGUCUAGAGUCUGUUGAAGAAUAUAAUGAACUGAUGGUGCGACAUGGUGACCCCCGGGCCAGGAUGUUAGAGGUCUCCCGAGAUGGCCGGAAGCAUUCCCUUCCCCAGCUGCUGGACUCGACGGGCACAUCACAGGAAUACCACAUUGUGAAGAAGUCCACUCGCUCGCUAAGCACAACUCAGGUGGAAUCUCCUUGGAGACUCAUUCGCCCGUCAGUUAUCUCCAUCAUUGGGCUGUACAAAGAAAAGGGCAAGGGUCUUGGCUUCAGCAUUGCUGGAGGUCGAGACUGCAUUCGAGGACAGAUGGGGAUUUUUGUCAAGACCAUUUUCCCAAAUGGAUCUGCUGCAGAGGAUGGAAGACUUAAAGAAGGGGAUGAAAUCCUAGAUGUAAAUGGAAUACCAAUCAAGGGCUUGACAUUUCAAGAAGCCAUUCAUACCUUUAAGCAAAUCCGGAGUGGAUUGUUUGUCUUAACGGUACGCACCAAGUUACUGAGCCCGAGCCUCACGCCCUGCUCCACACCCACGCACAUGAGCAGAUCGAGCUCCCCAAACUUCAAUGCCAGUGGGGGAACCUCAGCAGUGGGCAGCGAUGAAGGCAGUUCAUCCCUGGGUCGGAAGGCCCCCGGGCCCAAGGACAGAAUUGUCAUGGAAGUAACCCUCAACAAAGAGCCCAGAGUUGGCUUAGGCAUUGGUGCCUGCUGCCUGGCCCUAGAAAACAGCCCUCCAGGCAUCUACAUUCACAGCCUUGCCCCAGGAUCAGUGGCCAAGAUGGAGAGCAAUCUGAGCCGCGGAGAUCAAAUCCUGGAAGUGAACUCCGUCAAUGUCCGCCAUGCUGCUUUAAGCAAAGUCCACGCCAUCUUGAGCAAAUGCCCCCCAGGACCUGUUCGCCUGGUCAUCGGCCGGCACCCUAAUCCAAAGGUUUCCGAGCAGGAAAUGGAUGAAGUGAUAGCACGCAGCACUUAUCAGGAGAGCAAAGAGGCCAGUUCCUCUCCUGGCUUAGGUACCCCCUUGAAGAGUCCUUCUUUUGCAAAAAAGGACUCCCUGCUUUCUGAAUCUGAACUCUCCCAGUACUUCGCUCACGAUGCCCCAGGCCCGCUGUCUGACUUCAUGGUGGCCGGCUCCGAAGACGAGGACCCUCCAGGGAGCGGCGGCAACUCUGCGGAGCCCCCCGGCACCUCCCCAGCUCACAAGGAGCCAGGAAAAGCCAGGGCCAACAGCCUUGUGUGUCUCGGAAGCCAGCGGGCCUCCGGGCCCUUCCACAAGCAGGUGACAAUUGCCAGGCAAGCCAGUCUUCCCGGGAGCCCAGAGGUCCUCCGGAACCCCCUCCUGCGCCAGAGGAGGGUGGGCUGCUUUGAUGAUGACGCCAGCGACGAGGAAGAGUUUGAUGGCGAAGGCGACUGUAUUUCCCUCCCAGGGACCCUCUCGGGUCCCAGCAGGCCACUCACAGAGGACGACUCUACACAUGUUUCAGUGGCCUCUUCCAAGGUCACAGGAGUCCACCGAGAGGAACACCCCAAGAAAACACUGGUCAGCAAGGCCUCCUCGGUGCCUCUCCUCGGCAGCUCACUGGACUUCCAGGAGAGCCUCCCAGGAGGCAUGCGGGACCCCCUUUCCCACACAGCCAGCCUGCUGGUCCCAUCAGAGGCCCCCAAGGGUAGCCCUGGCUGCUCGGGGAGGAAGGAACUGUCAGGAUCGAGGAGUUCGCCCAAACUGGAGUGCAGAGCCGGGACGGGCACCCAGGGUCCGGCGAGCACAGACAGCCCCAGUUCCCUCCAGCAGAACGACAGCCUGGGGUCCAGGCACAAGCCCGUGGCCAGGGUCAGCCCACACCGCAAGAGGCCUGAGGCUGAGGCCAGGUCUAGGAGCGCAGAAGCGGCACACCUGAGCGAUGGAGCCAGUGACCCAUGCAGUCCAGACCUGAAAGUCCAGGAUGGUUCCGUCCAAGUGACCGUGCCUGGUUAUCAGCCAGGAGGAACUGUGGAGAAGGAAUCUCCGGACAAGCUGUCCGUCGGAGAUGGACAAGUCCCCACUGACUGGGGACCAGGUGGUACCCUGCCCCACCCAGACACCAGCCACCCCACAGAGAACCUACCUGAAGCCACAUCCAAGCAGGGGCAACAACCCGGGACAGGAGCAGAUGGCUCCCCAGACCCUCUCCCUUCCCCAGGGCAGAAGGGGGCGGCUCACCCUGACCCCAGCCAGAGCUCGGUGGACACAGGACCAGCGAGGCGACCUGAGGACCCUGGAGGGCCAGAGUCACCCAGGAUGCCCGAGUCUGAGGACAGCACCUCCCCAGGGACAAUGGCAACGGCUCAUCCUGAUCUCCGUGAGAUGAGAGCAGCUCCCAACGCCAGCUCGCCCUGCGCUGCCCGGAAGGCAACGACCCCCAGGGGAGCAGGACCCAUGGCUGAGGGGGCACCUCCGACUGGUGCUGGGCUGCCACGAGACCUCACGUCCGGGAAGAAGAGCCAAGAGGGGGUUCCGGGUCACUGCGCCAAGGCUCUGCAAACCUCAGCAGUCCUUGUCCCCAGAAACUGCCAGGGGUUGGCUCUGCCCCAGGGAACAGACUUGGGGUCUGCCAGCGCCCCGCAGGCUGGCCCAGCCCUGCCAUCGCCAAGUGACAAGGCCCAGGAGGUGUGUGAGGGUGCCUUGGGGCCCGGCUGCCCCGGAGGGAGCGGGCACUGCCCGGUGACAGAUAUCGACAGGCUCCUGGGGGAACUGGAUGCCUCCGGAGCAAGGCUUCCCUCCCCCGGGAAAGAGGACCGGCUGAGCAGAGAGCAGGCUGCCCAGGGGCCACAGCCAGCCUCGGGGAGUCCAACCCCUGCCCCAAGGAGGCCCGGGGCGGCUGGUCCGGCCCCUCACCCUCAGUGGGCCGGCCAGCCUUCAGUUUUGGAUUCCAUCAAUCCCGACAGACAUUUUACUGUGAACAAAAGCUUUCUGAGCAACUACUCUAGGAAUCUCAGCAGUCUCCACGAAGACAGCACCUCGCUGUCAGGCCUAGGAGACAGCACCGAGCCGUCCGUGUCCCUCUCGUCCAUGUACGGGGACGCGGAGGACUCGUCCUCGGACCCCGAGUCGCUCACCGAAGCCCCGCGAGCUCCCGCCCGGGACAGCUGGUCCCCUCCUCGUCCCCGUCCUCCUGAGCCUUCUCACAAGGGAGACACGACGGAGUCGGAGGAGGAGCAGGUGGAAAUCUGUUCCGCGGAUGGCUCCCCCGAUCGACCCUCAGCCACUGCCCUGGCUCCCGCCCGGGCGGCCACCUGCCCUGCCCUCACCGCAGCCCUGCCCCCCAGGGACGGAGCCCUGAGCCAGGUGGGGGCAGAAGUGGGCCACACAGCCCGCUUCGUGCCAGGCACCUCCACCCGCCCGCAGCCACCUCCUCCUCUGUCAGACAUGAGCUCUCGGGAGGCGGAGCCGCCUGAGGAUGCGAGGGUCUCCCAAGACCCCAGGUCCCCGAGUGAAGAGGACUCUGGGGAAGCCACCCAGCCUCCUCCGGGCAUCAGGCCUGUCCCCAGCCCCCCGGGCGCCCUCGGUUCUCCUAACAUGGUGAAUGGUUUGGAGUAUGACUGUUUGGAUGACAAGACCCCACCUGAGAAACAAGAAACAGAUGUUCACACUGCUGAAAACCAAGCCUCCUUCAGGGCGUGUGUCCCCAAGAACGGAGACUCAGCUCUGGGAACCCUGCACAUCUCCGGAGGUCAAGGCCCAGAGGACUUGUUGCCAAAGCCAAAAGCCACCUCCAGGCGGCCCCUCAUGGCCUGGUUUAAAGAGAUAAAUAAGAACAAUCACGGGACGCAUCCGCAGAGCAAAACUGAAGCGGAACAAUCCACGCUGCUGGCCAGAAGUCCCGACCCCAAGGCCCAGGUGCUGAGCUCAAGCCACAAGAAGGGGGCCCCUGUGCCGGAUAGCCCCCCUCUUCGGCUGAAUCUUGAGAAUAAAGACCUGCCUGGGAAAAGUUCCAUGGAAACCCUUUUGAGUAACUGUCAGAAACCCAAAGCCGGUCCUAAGCUGAAGAGACUGAGCGUCAGAAGCAAAAGCAAAGUCAGUUCCGAGGCCCCAGCCGCCCACACGGGGAAGACGGCGGGCACGGAGCGCAGGAAAGCCCUGGUCUCGCCCCAGGCCUCCCACAGGAUGCUCUCCAAGGUGGCGGCGCACCGGCUCCACGCAGCUGACCACGAGGAGCUGGACAGGAAUGCCGCAGUCGCCCCCCAGUCUCCCCAGUGUGUGGAGGCCAAGCUGCCCCCUGGGACCCUGGGCUCCCUGAAGCCCUCUGCAUCCGACUCGAGCAUCAGGGUGUUCGUUUCGCCCGUGACCACCCCCAAGACCCCUCCUGAGCAAGGUGGGUGCGGUAGGCUCCACCCGGCUGUGCAUGCGGAACCCGACCGAAGCUGCCUAGCUGCCACCAGACCUCCCAAGUGUGGUCCAGAGAGCAGGGCUCCCCUGGCAUCCCCGGGGCCACCAAGUCCCGCGGCAUCGAGGAGCGGCAUGUCCACAGCGGCCAUCAAGCGGGAGGUCCCCACUCCCGGGCAGGGCGAGCGGUUCCCAUCCAGCCAAACGGACUCCGCAGCAGAAGCUGCCCUGCCCGGGGUGACUGGUGACAAAAGAAGCAAAAUAAUUGCCGGUGAGCCUCCCGAAAGAACCAAGCAGCUGAAAAUCAUUGAGAUCCCUUCUGAAAGGAUGCUAAAGAGCAUAUCGGGUGACAUGCCGGCUGAGAGGGACAGACAGGGGGGGCUCUUGUCCCAGAGCAACCGUCAGGAGAAGAGUGAGGUUGGGCUCUGUCACCAGCCAGGGGAGUCCUCCCCAAACCACCUGUCCUCACUCCCAACCCGGGUCUCCCAGGUGGAGCUGGAAGCACAGCAGCGAUCUGUCAGCCUGGCAAGACUCUCCUCCUCUUCCUCCCCGCAGCUGCCAGCUAGAAAGGCUGAUCCCAGCCAGAUGGCCGAUGCCCUAGGGGUGCCCAGGAACGGCCCACAAGCGGGCCCAGUGCUGGACGACCAUCCCUACUUCACGCCAAGGCCAGCGACCAGGACCUACUCCAUGCCGGCCCAGUUCUCCAGUCAUUUUGGCCGGGAGGGCCAUGCCCCGCAGAGCCCAGGGCGCGCCCCUCGGGACAGCCAGAUCCCUGGCACUAGCGGGGGCCUCUUCGAGGCCAAGGCAUCCAGAGGCACCGUUCUCAGCCUGGCUAAUGGUCAGGGCGUAUACAGCGUAAAGCCCCUGCUAGAGACUUCAGGAAACCUUCCGACAACAGACGAAGCAGAUGUCCUGUCCUCCCAGGAAACCAGCUGCCAGCUCACAGACAGAGUCACAGUCACCAGGAGACAUCACUACUCCCCGCAGAACUGGCCCCAUGAACCCACCUCCUUUUUCUCUGUGAAGCAGAGGAUCAAGUCUUUCGAGAACCUGGCCCACUCUGACCGGCCCGCGGCCAAGGCCGGGGCCUCCCCCUUCUCAUCAGUGAGUUCCAAGCCUCCCAUAGGGAGACGGUCAUCCGGCAGUGUGGUUUCCGGGACGCUUGGCCACUCCAGUGACCCAGCGGCGAGGUCGCUGAGACGCAGCCUGAGUUCCUGCAGUGAAAGCCAAGGUGAAGCCGGCACCACCAUCCCCCCGAUGACCAAGUCCCCGUCCAGCAUGAUGCUGACCAUCUCCCGGCAGACCCCAGCAGACCCCCGUAACAAGGGCGCUGACUCUGACCCCAAGAGACCACCUGGUCCUUCGGGCAUCCCUGCCCCGACCGCAACCCCUGCCUCUCCUGCCAAGAGGAACAAGUCCUCGGUGCGUCACACACAGGCCUCACCUCUGUCCCGCUCGAAGCUCCAGGAGCUGAGAGCCCUGAGCAUGCCCGACUUGGACAAGCUCUGCAGCGAAGACUUCUCAGCAGGACCAUCUGCCGUGCUCUUCAAAACCGAGUUGGAAAUUGUCCCCCGGAGGUCGCUUGGCUCCCCUGCUGGGGGCCUCGCUGGGUCCACUGCCCUUUCAUGCCCCGAGGAUGGGGCAGACAGGGCCUGUCCCAAAGCCACUGACCCCAGAGCACCCAGUUCAGCCCACGAUGUGGGUGAGACCACCCAGGAUCUGCCUUCUGGAAGAAGUUGGUCAGUUAAUUUGCAACAACUCCUGGUCUCAGCAGGGGAUCAGCAAAGACUGCAGUCCGUUCUGUCCUCAGUGGGGUCCAGAUCUACUGUCCUCACUCUCAUUCAGGAAGCGAAAGCACAAUCAGAGAACAAAGAAGAUAUUUGCUUCAUAGUCUUGAAUAAAAAAGAAGGCUCAGGUCUGGGAUUCAGUGUGGCAGGAGGGACAGACGUGCAGCCAAAAUCAAUUGUGGUCCACAGGGUGUUUUCUCAGGGGGCGGCUUCUCAGGAAGGGACUGUGAGCCGAGGGGAUUUCCUGCUGUCCCUCAACGGCACCUCACUGGCUGGCUUAGCCCACGGGGACGUGCUGAAGGCUCUGCACCAGGCACAGCUGCACAAAGAUGUCCUCAUGGUCAUCAAGAAAGGGAGUGAUCAGCCCAGGCCCUCCAGCCGGCAGGAGCCUCCCACAGCCAACGGGAAGGGCUUGGUGUCCAGAAAGACCAGCCCCCUCGAGCCUGGAACAGGGAGAAGCAUGGCUGCGCACGAGGCUGUGUGCGUGGAAGUGCUGAAGACCUCGGCCGGGCUGGGCCUGAGCCUGGACGGAGGGAAGUCAUCCAUGGCUGGAGACGGGCCCCUGCUCGUUAAGAGAGUGUACAAAGGUGGUGCAGCUGAGCAAGCAGGAACAAUAGAAGCUGGAGAUGAAAUUCUGGCCAUUAAUGGGAAAUCCCUGGUGGGGCUGAUGCACUUCGAUGCCUGGAAUAUCAUGAAGGCUGUCCCAGAGGGACCUGUGCAGUUAGUCAUUAGAAAGCACAGGGAUUCUUCAUGCAGCAAGCACUGGUAGUGACGCUAACGGUGCUUGUUACUUUUUUUUUUUAAAACCUGGAAUCGCCUUUUCUCAAUUCCCUUUUUUGGCAAAUCAGAAUGACUUCUCUAAACAAUGGGUUCCUGAAACAACAGAGAAGCACUGGUACGGGCAAGACUAUCACACUCCCCAGCUUUUUUUGUUCACACGUGAAGCAGCAGCCAUGGAGCUGAACUCCUAAGCCUUCUGCCUGGAUCACUUAGGCUGGGAGGGUCCACUUCGUUCCAGUGCCUGUCCCCUCCUGUCUGUUAUGUUUCCUAAUGGGGACACAAGAUGUGGCAUGCCCUUCUUUACUUGAAACAUUUAGUGAGACCUCCAAAUCCUUCCUCCCACCUCUCCCAACAUAAUCAAUCCUGGCAAUUAGGGAUCUGACAACGUCUGAGGGCAACACAACUGUCACAACUAAAAGGACUAGUUUUAUAUAAUUUUCUAAGUAAAUGACAGAAUGCUUUUAGGCACAUUCAGUGGGAGGAGCUAAGGGUCUGUUAUCCUGAAAAGGAAAACAUGACCCUUGAACAAACAGAAUCAGUUAUGACCUAAUGGUUAGGUUGGCUCAGGAAUUAUCCAAAAAUGAAAAAGCAAAAUACAGAAAGUGGUAUUUUUAGUGAGUGUAAUGUGCAACGUAUGGCUGCAUAGUUUAAUCGGUAGUUAUUGAUUACCAUGAAGUAUUGAUCAUGAUCUAAAGUGUACGUCGUAAGGCAAUUUUACAGGAAUGCAGUUUGGAUAAACUGUACUAAAUAGCCAUGAACUUCGCUGCUUAGAAUGAGCAGAAAGUUCCAGCUCUGAAAGCACCUUACAUCAGUUUGCAACUUGUCUUGAAUAAAUGCUGAAAUUCAAGACUGGUUAAUGAAAGAGCAGGCAAAAAUACCAUUGUCACUGAGUUUCCAUUUUUAUAUUUUAUGUACUCUCCAACCACUAAUUUAAGCUAAAUUUUUAGAAAUCAAUUAUCUUUUUAGUAUCCUUGGAUUGUAAUCCAAGUAGAGGAGCUUAAAAUAAUCCUUUUAAAGGACUUUUUUUUACUUUUUUCCCCCUUUCUCAAUAAGCUUAAGAAAUGUAACAUUUCUAACCAUUGGAUCAAUUUUCCUGACCUGAGUGUAAUGGCAUUAGCUCUGCAGUGACUGAAGUUUUUGCUCUUUUUGUUUUCCUGUUUUGCAAAUUCUCUCUUUUGCCAAAAAUGUUUCCCAGCAGAACACAGUUGUGACUCACGCUUGCUUGUGACACUCAUUCCAGCUGCUCUUCCUUCUGAAGCACCAGCUUCUUUGUAGUAACUGUUUCCAUUCGAUGUUGCUGUUCCUGGUCACCAAAAGGGCCGGCCUCUCCUCACACUGUACCUUUUCUUAACGACCCAGACCUUCAUCAGCUUCAUUUACUAAAAUGUAAUCAGAAGUUGGAGAAUGAGGGUGAGUCAGUCUUUCGAGGUAAAGGAGCAGAAUUGGGUGGUCACAGGCCACAUGCUCUGGUGGCACAAACCAGCCCACUGAGUCUGAGAAUACGGGUGAAGCUGCAUACAUGCGUGCAUGGUGACGCAAAGGUUUCAUGUGGGUGAUUUCUUUCAUUAACCUAUUUCUGAGUGACUGAUCCCAGUAAACCUCUGUGGCACUGGCCCAGAGAGGUUCUCAGAUGGGAUUGAGUUAUCUGGCUGGUGUGAGCCCAGAUUCCUCAUUUUAAACAGGUUAUACAAAAGGGAAUGUAGUUCACGAGUUUGCUAGAAAGACCUGAUUAAUUUAGCUUCUACUUUUCACUACUACAGUUCCAGGUAGGAUACUAUAGGAAGUCAGUGCAAGGUGCAUGCUAGAUUGUUUUUAAGUCUCUGGGGUCAGUUUUGUGGCUUCUGCUUUCUUGCCUAAAUGAGAGAUGAUUUGAAGUCCACGCUGAAAAUUUUUUGUCUUUACUCUCCUAGCUGUGCCUACAUAGAAAUGCACAGUCCAUGUGACAGGAGCUUCUGAAGCAAUGAAAUAGUCUCUCCUUCUAAGAGUUCCUAACCCUCGUAACUAAAAAGUGUGAGGGUAGCCCUCUGGUUCACUGAACCAUAUUCAAGUCAUCAGCUAUUUCUAGUGGACCCCGCCAGAAGGCUUCCCAUGGAAUUCGACAAUUAGAUUUUGAGGAAGCAAAAGCUAAACUUUGACCCUAAGAUAGAAAGAUAUUUACUUGUUGUCAGUGUCCAAGGCAUGACUUGUAUUUCUAAUUAGUCUAAUAAAGUUCCACACUUCCUGACGUGAACACUAAUGGUAUUGUCCUACUAAAACUUCCAUUGUUUUGGUUUUUUUAGCUGGUCAGUCAGUCAUCCAAUAAGCUAUGACAGUAACUUUGUUAUGUGUAUAUCGUAGUUGCAAGGAUAUACCGUGAAGGUUGAAGUAAGUUGGGUUUCAUUUCUAUCCUCCCAUACACAGUUCAUUUAAUUUUAGGGUUGACUUAAUUGGCACCAGACCUGUUGUAUGAUAUUAUACAUUAUCCUUUAUUUAUGUAAAAUAAAAUGCCUUAUAUAUUAUGAAAGAGUAAGUGCAAUAAUACAAAAUAGCCUGUACAUUUUUAAAAUGUUGUCGCCAAGUUAUGUAAAUCCACAUCUCUAUAAACAACCUUUUUAAAGUAAUUUUAAGAAAAUAAACACUGUUUACUACUUG